AUUGUCCAAUAUGCCCUGCUCCCUUCCAUUUUUAGAAUCGCCUGCCAGUAUUUCAUUGGGGGAAAAGGUGAUUAAUAUGAAUGUGGAGCUCGGCUUUCUUCCUGAUGUAAGCACGAUUUUCCAAAUGUAUAAAAAACAGCGGCAUUUUUUUGGACUUCCUCUGCAUGAAAACACUUUUCUACCUACAGUAUAUAUGUUAUCUUUUUUUUUUUUAAAAAGUGAUUAUCCGCUCAAAGCGUUUAACGCAAUUUAUACACGUGUGCACGGGCAUGUUCAGAUCUAAAAUUCGGAAUCAGGAGAUGAUGGAGGAAUGUUUACACCUCCGUUACUACAGAUGAUUAAUAUUGCUUAAAACUUCAGUUGCCCUCCCGGGAGGAACGACUUGUCUGACCCGGAAGGUAAUGGCGGUCGCACGCUGGGCCGAGGGAGUCUGAGAGUCGAGGAAGCUUCCCUGGUUGCCUGGACACGGAGAGCAAGACCUGCCAGCCGCUUCAGGAAGCGCUCGUGCGGCGAUGACGGCGUACCGGUGCUCAAUCUAAGAAGUAGCUGUAAAAUAAACAACAGUCUUCUGCACAUCACAUGUACAAGAAUCUUUUGAAAAAGAAACAAAAGGGUAAAAAAUUACACCUUCUCUUUGACACAGAGACCAGUAAACCGUUUUUUGCUCCUCCGUCUGAAUGCAAGCUGCAGAGAUUGCACAUCAGAUCUCGGAACACAGCAGAAUCAGGUUUCCCUUCACAAUCAGAUGUCUUUCUGCCUGACUGAGCUGCACUUGUGGUCCUUGAGGAGUUCCUUGCAUGUCAGGGAUACUGAUAUUGGCACGUAUCAGUACUAUGAUAAAGGGGAACCAGUAACACCGACUGAACGUCACUACUUUGAAGAGAAGCAGCAUUUUUUAGAAACUCGUGGCUAUCCAUGGACUCUCAAGAACAAGCGUCCCGAGAAACUUCGAGACACACUCAAGGAGCUGGAGGAGCUGCUCCACAGCAGUCGGUGUGUUCGAAGCAAAUGGAAGAACAAGCACUUCUGUCAGCUGAUCCUAGGUUCAGGUGUGCUGGUGUCUCUGAGCUUCUCAGGGCCACAGCUGGAAAAAGUGACAAUUGACAGGACCCUAGUGGGCAAGCUGGCCGCAGACACCAUCAGCGAUGCUGUACUCACUGACAGAUUCAUAAUUUUGACAUUCCUGGAGAAAAACAAGGUUUGCUACAUCCAUUUCACAAAGAAGCAAAGCUCCCCAGACUUCAGCAAGAGGGCAGAAAAGUUGUCCCUUUCCGAACUUAAGAUCUCCUAUGUGGAUUUACCCGGGCCUGCCGGACGCAGACUGGACCGCCGGGUGGCUGUGAACUGCUUGCAGGAUGUAGUGAUUUGCUGGUGGCCAGCAGUUAAUGAGGAUGCCUGGCCUUGGUCUCCCAUUUCCAGCGAGAGGGACCGAGCUAACCUGGUGCUGCUGAGCUGCUCAAACGCUAGCCUGAAGGUGCUGAGCUGCAUUCGCACAGAGUGGGACCCUCUGGACUGCGGCUUCAGCAGCAACCAGCCCUACCAGCUCCUGACCGUGGAGCGCUCGCAGGGCCCCGAGCAGGAGGAGAUGGCGGAUAGCUGCGUGUACGAGUGCGCGAGGAGCCGUGUCCAGCGUGUGGCCGUGACCGGCAUCCCCCUGGGCUCCAAGGCCAUCUCCUGUAGCCGGGACCCCACGGAGGACAAGCUGCUCCUGGGCUGCCUGGACUCCUCCCUGGUGCUGUACGACGCGCACCGCGGGGUCACGCUGCUGGCCCAGGCAGCCGUGCUGCCCUCCCUCUUGGCCUGGCACCCCGGGGGGGGGUUGCUCAUGGCGGGCAGCAGCCAGGGAGAGCUGCAGUGUUUCGACUCAGCCCUCUCACCCCUCAAGACACAGCUCCUGGCAGAGGACCUGAAGCCCGCCACCACUUUCCAGUUCAGCCAGCACCUGGAGACGCCAGGCAGCCUGAGCCACCUGCAGUGGGCAGCGGCCCUCUCUCCCCCUCAGAGCACAGACAGCCUGGAGGUUCACAACCUGCUGUUUGUCUGCUUUGAUGGGGGACCACUGGGAGCCCUGCACUUCAAACCAGGAGUCCUGAAUCUGGGGCAGCUGGGGCCAGUCGACAUGACCCUUCAGUGUAUCCGCUGUCAGCAGAUCGAAGAGGCUAUUAACAUCUUGAGUGGCAUCAACUGGAACACAAUGGGACCAGACUGCUACAGGUGUCUAAGUGCCAUUGUGGAUCAUCUUCUCAGGCAGAAGUUAACAGCAGAACGGGAAGCUCAGCUGGAAGCAGCCCUUGGAACAUUCUAUGUUCCUUCCAGACCCCUUUCAGAAACGGCAGUGCUAGAAUACCGCGACCCUAUCAGCAAAUACGCUCGCCGCUUCUUUCAUCACCUGCUCAGGUACCAGCGAUUUGAAAAAGCAUUUCUGCUUGCAUUGGACAUUGGAGCUCGUGACCUGUUUAUGGACAUCCAUUACUUAGCGCUAGAUAAGGGGGAACUGGUGCUGGCUGAAGUCUCGAAGAAAAAGGCUAAUGAAAUUGAUGCAGAAUCAAUAUCCACUGGACUGGAGCAGGGAUCUUUGAAUGGUGGUGAGCCUCUGGACGAAGGACUCCGCAGUUCUCCUGUGGACAGAUGGAGGAAGGCUCAGAGCCCACCAGGUCCCGGAACAGGAGGAAGCCACUCGUCCUUUCGCGCGGCCUCGGAGAGCAGCUUGCACUUUCCGCCUCCCGGCCACACCCUGACAGGCAGGUUGGGGAGGGAGCUGGGCAUCGAGGCCUAUGAGGCUGCCCUGACAGGGGACCCCUGGGCCCGGACACAGGCAGGAAACGAUCAUGCUGGCAAUGUAGAUCAGGUCACUGAAGAAUCCGGAUCUCUGAAAGUCAUCCAUUUUGGUUUAGUUUAAACGGUAUUUUUCUGGGGAGUUUAACCUUCAAAUAUACUGUAUAUUUACAAUUAAAAGGCUGUUUUAUAUCUUAUUUCAGUUUUCAGAUUAUUCUUCCCA